AAAAGGCGCGCAACCAACUUCCCAUGCCUCGACGUUUGAGCACCUUUAGCGUCGGAGAAACGGUGACUCCAUUCGACAGACACCUUCUCGACGUGUAUGAAGGUCGCACACCAGACGGUCUCGCAUUCUUCGAAGCGCAUGGCUACUUUGAUGUAUGCGAUACAGCCAACACGGUUCAAAUGUUCCGCGAGAACGUCGGUUUAGAUGCGUUCUGGGACGACCGCGAGGACCUUGACACGUUUGACCCAUUUCAGCGGGCAACGGUGUACCCUUUCGGCUCGAAAAGCAAGGUGCCAAGCAGCCGUAUGCGCAAUGAACUACAUCGAACCAACUCGGGACGAUUCACGCUAUUGGAUGACGACGGUAACCCCGUUACCGAGGACGAUUUGCUGGAGAUGGAGCGGGAGGACCGUCUCAAAGUGAAGAGCUUAGAGCUCGACGAUGAGGACGUGGCUGAACUGGAAAACGAGUUGGUAUGUCUGAAGGAGGCCAAUGAGGUGAUCCGUGUGGAAAAGUAUCAUUUACAGCGAGUAUUCUUUCGAGCGCUUUACUCUGAAGACGCUGAUAAGUCAUCAGUGGAUCUAGAGGAUCGAUAUAGCUUUCCUAUGUUUGUUGAUCUCCCUCCACUCCCGCCUCCGGUCGCUUUACUGGAUCUGCCACCGUAUAGUGGCAAUUUAUUUGUGCUUCGAGAGUCUGUUGCGCUACUUCGACGCAGCUGGAGCAAGCGCUGGUGUACAUUGGACUUUCAAGCUUUCAUCGUCAGGAUGUACAAGCGCAGCUAUUGGCGAAGUCCUCGCGGUGAGAUCGAUCUACGUUCGGCGUCUAAGAUUGAGAUGAUGGGACAUGGAGGCUUCCGCAUCGAACUUAAGGGCAGCAACAUGUUGCUCUUGCGGUCAAGGAAUGAGAGAGAGGCGGCGAGUUGGGUGCAGCUACUCCGCAUCGCCAUGCAGAUCAUGUGGAGCAACGCAACUCGCUGUCCUGAGAUCUCCCGACUCACAAAUGGCUAA